GGCGAUUGUACCUGAUGGUGGUGGCGGCUUCAAUUGCAACGGAGAGUUUGCAACAAAGAUUUGGAGGAGGAAAAUAAGAUUUGGAGUAUCAAGGAGACAAUGGAAGCUUCAAGAAGAAUAUUAGAUUGGUUAGCCAACUUAGCCUCUAGAAGGCGACAAUAGUUUGACUAUCGCGAUGGCUGACGAGGGUGAGUUGAGGCAAGGGAACGGAGCGAACUCUGGGCUCCCGUCGGAUGGACGGAAGUGUUAUAAGUGUGGGGAAGGCGGAUACUUCAUUCGAGAAUUUGCUGAAUUUUGGCAGGCGAAGGCACUGGGUCGUACUUUUGUCCCGAGUACACAAGCUACAAAGUUCAACAUGUCGUGCACUGGGAGAGUAGCUCCUGGUGCUAGCAUCGGUAUUACCACCCGCCAUAGCAGAUCAGCCGAUAUCGUGAGUGAGAGCAGCGAGGGCGCGGAUGAGACUAACGCCCUCAUGCGCGAGUACUUUGUCCAAAUGGCAGAGGAACGAAGAGCUAGAAUUGAAAGGGAAGUGGAAGAGGAUACGCGACGAAGAGAAGAGGAAGUCCGGAUGAAUAAGGAAAAGAGGAGGAUGAUGGAGCAGGAAGUUAUGAGGAAACGAGGGGACGAAAUGGAUGCAAGGUUGGUGUGGAUAAUUCGAGGGGAGAUUAAGAAAAAAAAUGGUGAGGAAGAGAGAGUUUUUUUUAAAGGGAAACGGCUUGUUAAGAACCGGUGUGACACGAUCAAAGCAGAGACGAAGAGACUGCGUUGGAGGAUAGCAAAUGCCGCUAUCGAGGAUACCGAGGGAUGCGAUGACGAGGAGCUGAUCACGCUGAGGAAACACGCAUCCAAGUUGGAGUUGGCUGAGAAGCGGAAGAGAGGUUUGGAUCUACCGAUAGGGAAUAACCCUCCACUGGUUACUCUAGAGAAGCGAUCCAACAAAGCUAUCAGAAGAAUCCAAGAGGAGAAUCGAGCAACUCAAAGGAGACCAGACAAGGGACGUUGGCGGAACCAGCACUCCAGGAAAGAUUAACCUAUCACUAAAGCACAUCAUGGCUUCGUGUGAUCCAGGCAGGAACGAGAAGUUUGAACAAGAGUGCUUUAACUU